GCCUCCAGGCUCGAGCGUGCGCCCAGGGCGCACGGGGGGAGCGGAGGGAUGGAGGACGAGGAGGAGCUGGCCUGGGAGACCCAGGGCCUGCUUCCCCUGGAGAGCCAGCUCCAUGAGGCUGCCCACCAGAACCACCUGGGAAGGAUGCAGGAGCUGAUGGAGAGGGGGGUUAACAUCAGCGCCAGAAACCACGUGGGCAGGGUGGCCCUGCACUGGGCCGCAGGUGCGGGGCACGAGCAAGCAGUGCGGUGGCUCUUGGAUCACGGGGCUGCCGUGGACGACGGCGAUGCGUUUGGGAUGACCGCACUGCUCCUGUCCGCCUGGUUUGGCCACUUGCGGAUCAUCCAGAUCCUGGUCAACUCUGGGGCCAAAGUCCACUGUGAGAACAAGGAUGGCCUGACUUUACUGCACUGCGCCGCUCAGAAAGGCCACGUGCCCAUACUGGCCUUUGCCAUGGAGGACCUGGAGGGAGUGGCCCUGGAUCGCGCAGACAAGCUGGGAAGAACAGCGUUUCACAGAGCUGCGGAGCACGGGCAGCUGGAUGCCCUGGACUUCCUCGUGGGCUCUGGCUGUGACCACAGCGUCAAAGACAAGGAGGGGAACACGGCCCUUCACCUCGCUGCGAGUCGGGGCCAUGUGGCUGUGUUGCAGCGACUUGUGGACAUCGGGUUAGACUUGGAGGAACAGAAUGAGGAAGGUCUGACGGCCCUGCAUGCGGCGGCCGAAGGCGGCCAUCCGGCCGGUGUGCGGCUCCUCCUCGGGGCUGGCAGCAGCGCCAACGCCCUCACCCAGAAAAAACUGAGCUGUCUCCACUACGCGGCCAUCCAUGGUUCUGAGGACAUAGUCCAGGCGGUCAUCCAGGCGGGAGGUUGCCCCAAUGUAGCAGAUCAUCAGGGUACCUCCCCAAUGCACCUCGCUGUGAAGCACAACUUCCCUGCCCUGGUCCGGCUCCUCAUCGAGGCUCGCAGUGACCUGGAUGCCACAGAUGGCAGGCUGCAGACGCCCCUCCACCUUGCUGCUGAGCACAACGGGCAGGACGUGGCAGAGAUGCUCCUUGUUGCCGGGGUUGAUUUGAGCCUGAGAGAUAAGCAAGGAAAAACUGCCCUGGAGGUGGCCGCCCGCAGCAACCACAUCAGCCUGGUGGACAUGAUCAUAAAAGCGGAUCGUUUCUACAGAUGGCAGAAGGACCACCUUUCAUGCAGGGACCCCAGGGACCCCUCUGGGAAGGGCUUGACCUUUAAACAGGACCAUCGGCAGGAAACGCAGCAGCUGCGCUCCGUGCUGUGGCGACUGGCCUCCAGUCACCUGCAGCCCCACGACUGGAAGAGACUGGCCUCUGCCUGGGAAUUCACCGAGCCCCAUGUCAGAGCCAUCGAGCAACAGUGGACAGGCACCAGGAGCUACCAGGAACACGGCCAUCGGAUGCUGCUCAUCUGGCUGCACGGUGUGGCCGCAGCCGGCGAGAACCCCGGCAAGGCGCUGUUUGAGGGCCUGGUGGCCAUUGGCAAGCGGGAUUUGGCUGAAAACAUCCGGAAGAAGGCAAACGGGGAGCCAAGGGCGUCCAGGAGGUGCACGGCCAUGUGAGCACGUGGACCUGAACAGAGGAAGACCUCCACCCAAGGGCUCUACCAAGGAGCUGCGAAUAGGCUUCCAGCUGCUGGGACUGAACCUCAGAGACAAGCAGGGAACUGCAACCCUUUCUCACCAGGACAGAUCAUGGGCCUGUUUCAGGUUUUCUAGACAAACAUGGUCCUGGGACAUGGGCCAUUAUGGCUCUCUGCUUGCUUUCACUUCCAUUAUCUUGGAGACUCGUGCAGUCCGCUGAGGUGUAAGGGACAUCAUUAUAGACAGGCCACUGAGGCCCAGGGAGAAGCAGCAGCAGUGUCCAGGUCACACAGCUAAACAAGGAGUGCCAACCAGCGUUCCUCCCAUGACAACCAUCUCCAGGUUAGCGGAAAAGGAGGAGAACCUUCGAGAGAAACUCGGCAAAAACCUAGAGGCCUUCUCCAACUAUGGUCCCACACUCAAAAGCUUGCUGGGCAAGAGUUGAACACAGAGCAAUCUCAGACACAGAACUGAUAACAGAAGUGAAUUUUUCUGUAAGAAGUGCGACAGUAAGAUGAGCUCAUCCAUCCUUUCAGCUCAACUACAGAAGACACCUGCAAUUUUCCUCCCUUGUAUUCUGCCCUACAAAGAGUGAUAAAGGAGUUCAGAGAAGAGAUCAUUCUAGACCCAGAAACAGCCCACCCUAACCUGGUUGUUUCUGAGGAUAAAAUAUGCGUGAGAUUUUCAAAGAGAAAACAAUGCAUUUCUAACUUCUCAAAAAGGUUUACAGUCAACCCUGUUGUGUUGGGUCUUCCGUAUUUCUAUUCUGGGAGGCAUUUCUGGGAGGUCCAGGUGGGAGACAGGCCUGAAUGGGCCACUGGUGUUGGCAAAGCCUGUCUGUCAAGGAGGGCGAGGCAAGCAUCCACUCCACAGGGGUGCUGGAGAUUGCUGCUGAGGGAAGAUGGCCCUGCCCCCCGCUGCGGCUAGAGGUCAAGCCAGGAGAAUCGGCAUUUUACUGGACUAUGAGCUGGGGCAGCUCUCCCUCUAUGACAUGCCUGAGAGCUUGCACAUCUGUACUUUGGGGGACACUUUUACCGAACCCCUCCAGCCUUAUUUCUAUGUAGGCCCUCAUUCAAAACCCCUCCAAAUCUG